AUGUCCGCCGAACAACAGCAAAAGCCAAAGCAGAUCCGAUGCACCAUUAUCGGAGCCGGGGUAUCUGGUAUUCUGAUGGCAUACAAGCUGAAACGCCAUCUCAAUGACUACGUUACCUUUCAGAUCUUCGAAAAGUCACCAGACCUUGGUGGUACGUGGUUUGAGAACAAAUAUCCCGGCUGCGCCUGUGACGUCCCGAGUCAUUGCUAUCAAUAUUCCUUUGCUCCAAACCCGUCAUGGUCAAAAUUUUACGCAUCAUCUGAUGAGAUACAGGGCUAUCUGAAGGGAGUUGCUAAGCACUUCGACCUUGAGCGAUACAUCUCCUUCAACACCAAGGUGGUCUCAUCACGAUGGUCUGAAAGCGACAGUACCUGGACUGUACAGUUAGAAGAUGGCUCUCUUGUGACAUCAGAAAUUCUGUUCAAUGCUGGCGGCAUACUCAAUCACCCACAAAUUCCCAACAUUGAGGGGCUGUCGGACUUUACCGGUCCCUUACUGCAUACAGCAUCCUGGGACCAUUCGAUUGACCUACGAGGUAAACGUGUCGGCGUGAUUGGCGCGGGAGCCAGUUCGAUUCAAUUAGUUCCCUCGAUACAGCCUCUGGUCCAAGACAUGAAGGUAUUUAUCCGCACACCUUCCUGGAUUGCACCGCCAGUGGCUCUGCCCGACCCCAAUGCUACGAACUACACCUACAGCACAGAAGAGAAGGCUAUUUUUGAGGCAAACAAGGAUAUGUAUCUCGAUACCAGAAAGGGAUUGGAAGAUCAGUUCAACGGAAUGUUCCGAAUCUUCCUCAAAUCGAGCCCAGAGCAGAAGAGGACACGCGCCAUGUUUGAAUCCCGCAUGAAACAGCUGAUCGCCGACAAAGACCUGCAAACUAAGCUGAUACCUCCAUUUGAGGCAGGAUGCAGAAGAAUCAACCCGGGAGAGGGUUUUCUUACUGCUCUUCAAAAGCCGAAUGUUGAACCAGUGUUCGACUCGAUUAAAAGAGUGACACAAGGUGGUAUCGUGGCUGGUAGUAAGGAAUAUCCAGUAGAUGUGCUAGUGGCAGCUACAGGAUUCAACACGACCUUCAGACCUCGUUUUCCUAUAAUUGGUCGCAAUGGUGUCAACCUCCAAGAUGCAUGGCAAGAACACCCUGAAUCUUAUCUGGGCCUCGGUGUUGCGGGAUUUCCCAAUUACCUCAUCUUCUUGGGACCGAACACUCCGAUCUCCAAUGGAAGCUUGAUGGGUUCUGUGGAAGCGACUGCCGAUUAUUUCAUUCGUCUUCUUCACAAAAUGAUUCGCCAGCGCGUCAAGUCCUUUGAAGUACGCAUUGAUGCUCAGAAUGACUUCAAUACUCACACGCAGAAGGUCAUGCAGGAUAUGGUGUGGACUGGAACUUGUCGCAGUUGGUACAAACAGGGCACAAACGGGAAGGUAACUGGACUCUGGCCAGGCAGCUCUCUCCAUUAUAUUCAGGUUCUCGCUGAAGAUCGCUGGGAGGAUUAUGAGUGGACCCAUGAAUCGGAGAGGUACAGCUACUGGGGUCAUGGACUGUCAUGGAUUGAGGAGCCAGAUCUUGAUCCGUUGGGCGCAACUAAGCAGGACAUGAUUGAAUCGAUGACGACUUUGCCAAAGAAGGACUCUGACUUGAGCUUCUAUCUGUGGGAGAGCAGUCCUCUGCCUGAAACCUGUUUUGCAGAUGGACACUCAGAGGAGAGAGUCCAGGAUGGCGGCGACUUGGCAUGGAGGAAGGUCUUGCAUGCCACUACGGCUUCAGAUGUCGAUAAACAUGCUGCAGUAGCUUGCAUCACGGUACCCGUUUAG